CGGAGCCUGAACUUGGCGCUGCACCAGGGAGGCGGUGGGGGGUGGGGGGGGUGGGGAGAUGGCCUAGCCCCAGCCACUCUCAGGUCGGAGCCCCCCAGAGUGACAAGCAGUGGUGGGCCGGGCCGUGUGCAGCUUUCUCUUUUGCUGGCACACUUCCUCCUCGGCUUCCUGUCUGAGCGUUGGGGCGGGCCAAAGGCGGGCCAGCCUGGGCCUGGCCUGGGGAGGCCCACGGCUUUCCUCGGCUUUCCUCGGCACCCAGGCCCUUGGAGCCACCAUGAGCCAGCCUCGACCCCCGGGCCUAGAGGAGGCUGCCCUGGAGUCUCUCCUGGGUGACCUCGUCAGCUACUACCAAGAGGAGGCAGGGGCAGGCCGGCUGCGGGUCUGCAGGGACGCAGCCCUCACCCACAGGGCCCAGCGGCUCUUGGCCACAGGAGCCCCCUCUCGGUUCUAUCUGCCUGAGCUUCUGGUCCCUGAUCCGGGGACCACUCACUCCCAGGGGGCGCCCAGCCCUGCCCAGCAUGUCUGCCACAACUUGGUACAGGCACUAGAGUUUCUGGAGCUCAUAUCUGUCAACCUACUUCUGUUUCCCUGGAAGAAGGAAAUCAGGUCCUUGAAGACAUACACUGGGAACUUCGCCUACCGGGUGCAGCCUGUACUUUCCAAACACACGAUGCACACCCUUCUGGGCAGGCUGGGCUACGCGGCCACCUCCGAGGCAGAGUUUUCGCUAGUCCAGGCCACCGGCAAGGAGGACGCCAAGCAGAUGGUGUUUGAGAUCUUCCUGGCGAGAGCUGCAUGCAAGACCAUUCUGGAAACCUCGAGCAGGCAGGUCCUGGGACUGGGAAAAGAGGAAUCGGCCAGGCCCCACUCCAGGCGCAGCUCAGGGAGAAGGCUGGUAAAGGCCCACAACUGCCCCGAAGGGACCCGGCCAGGUCUGGGGCCCCCAGAAGGGCUGGGGUCUGAGAGGGCCCUGGCUGAGGCCCCUGACCAUCAGAGCACAGUGCCGGAGGCCCUGAGUCUGUCUGAGGUCUCGACAUUGCCCCGCACCCCCCUUGCUGGCCCCCUGCUCCCCUUAGACUCCCAGCGGGGCGCCAGCACAUACUCAGACAGUGAGGAGUUCUUGACCUGCUACAGUGACCUUGUUCUGCACCACACACCCUUGUUCCCCAAGGACCUUCUCCCGAGCAGCCUGAAGGGAGGGCAAGUCCAGGGCCCAGGCCUGGCUCCCAGCCCACCUUCAGGUGAGGCAGUCACCUCCUUAGCUAGCAACAAUGAGUGGUCCCUGGUCCCUGAUGCAGCUCCUGAGAACACAGUGGUCACUGUACCCAGCCAGCUCUGCCUGACACCAGGUCCCCAACUGUCUGGGAAGUCCUUGGACCCAAAGCCAGAAGUAGAACCAGAGCUGGCCACCCCUGGCACGGACACUGUUCCUCCAAACACUUCCUCUGAGAUGGAUGAGCUCUGUGAACGCCUCUCCCAACUCCUUGGACCCCCGAGGGGCCACCCGAGGGGCUUCCCAGGCCCUGGGCUUGAAGAGAGUGAACUAGAGCCUCUCAGGGGGCCAGAGCCAGCCAGCAAGGGUGGCAGCCCAGACAAUAUGGUCACUCAGCCCUGGAGGGCGAUUCCUACGCCCUCUCAUGUACGAGAGCCCCCCAACACUCACUAUCUCCUUCCUGUGGGAGCUGGCCACCCAAGACCACCAUUCAGGCAACAGCUGAAAAUGUCACCUGGUACCGGGACAGACACCCUGACUGAGGACACAGCUCUUCCACCAGGGAAGUGACUACUCAGGCAGCAGAGCUGGGACCCACAGCUUGACAGGCACAGGGAGAAGUCUGCUCAUCUGUCCCUCGGGUCCCAGCCCUGCCACCUACUGACUGUGGAACUUUGGGCCACUCACUGUCUCUGAGCCUUGUUUCCUCAUGGGUAAAGCGAGUGUGGUGAGACCCACUCACAGAAAGCUGGGAAGAGCGAGAGAGAUGAGGGGUGCACAGCGCCCCCUCUUGCCUCCCUCUGGGUACUUCCUGUCCCUCCAAAUCCUUUGGGCACCUCCGAGGAGCAGUUUCCUUCAGCAUCCUUAAGGCACCUGUCACAGGGCAGAUGAAAAGACAGCUGUGUAGAUAAACAGACUCAGAUUAUACUCUGAACCUGCUUAGGCUCCUCUGUCAGCCUCCCCUCUCUCGCUGCUAAUUUCUGGUUAACAGAGAACAAACCUGGGGCGCCUGGGUGGCUUAGUCAGUUAAGCACCUACCUUCGGCUCAUCUCAUGGUCUCAGGGUCCUGGGAUCGAGGCCCACAUUGGGA